CUACAUGUAUUACAAGGCGAAUAAUAAAAUGCACAAAUGAAUACUAAAAAGAAAUAAAACAUUAGAAGUAGAAGAAGAAGAAAGAAGCAAGAAGAUGAGAGCUCUCUUGUGCUCACACCACUCACCACCAUUAUCAUUUCUCCCAAGAACAAUUCUCAAAAGCAAACCUCAAGAUCCAAAAACCCUAAUCUCUAGCAACAACAGGAUCAGAUAUGAAUCUAAGCUCCACGCUAGCCCUAAGGGGUUUCAGCCUUCUAAAAACUCUGAAAAGCCUGGUAAGUCAAAGCCCGACCCGGAAGACGACCCGCCGAUACCUCAAGAAGUGUUCGAGAGGAUGAUGGGGAGGAUCGUGGUGUCUGUGGGGACACCACUGGGAUUGGGAGUGGCAGUAUUGAAACUACUUGAUAUUUUGAAGGAUAAAAACGUCUGGGACGUGCCUUUGUGGGUUCCAUUUUUUACCACGCUCGUGACCUUUGGUGCGUCUGCGCUUGGGAUCGCAUAUGGGAGCUUGUCCACAAACCUAGAUCCCACCAAGACUAACUCUCUUUUCGGACUCGAAGAGGCAAAGGAGAACUGGGUAGAGAUGUGGAAAGAAGAUCAGUAAUGUUGAUGUUUUUGCCUCUUGGCACUUGUGAGUACAUAAAUUAAUCUGUAUCCGUCAGUUUUUGUUUGAUAUUUUUGUUCAGAUUAUAAUCACAUCUAGAUUCUUAGAGUCAUCCUCGAUUCUGGAUGUCUUAUCCAAAACGAUUGUGAUUUAGGAGGAUGGCAAAUGAUAUUGAUAAUCAUAAUGGUCCAAACUCCAAAG